GCGUUUGCGGCGUUGCUGUCAAAAAACGAAGGAAAAUAGGAACAGUACAUCCAUACAAUCAUACGUCUUUUUAUCGACAAAAGAGCAGCAAGCAUGGUUCUAUCAGACAAGAUUUUAUUUCCACCCUGCACGUCGGAGAAGUGUACUGUUGACGAAGAAGAAAAGCGGAAGGUUGCAGCCGUACAGCCUUGUGCGAUGACGGAAAAGUGUGUGAGCGCGUGCUCCGCAUAUGGUCGUGUUUGCCCUUGCGCGGCACGAAUCGCCGGUCACGCAGCAUGUGAGGCAAUGCAAGAAUUGAUGAAGGGUAGCAAAAUAUUUAAAGAAGACGAACGGACCUUCGUCCACCUUGAUCCGAACGAUAUCACUAUUUCAGAAAAAUUGGGAGAAGGUGGAUUCAGUAAUGUAAAUCGCUGUGUCGUGCAAGCUGGAGACGAGGCUGGUCAAGAAUUCGCUGUAAAGUAUUUGAAGCGUAAGGCUAUGGUCGAUAUUCACCAAUUCAAGCAUGGCGCAGCUGACCUCGCCAUCGAAGCUUUCUUUUUGCAUUCUUUGGACCAUCCCAACAUUGUCAAGCUGCAUGGUGUAAGCGCCGGUAAGAUUGAGAACAACGUUGCAUCCGGUGAAGAAUGUGGAUUCUUUAUUGUCGUCGAUCGACUAUUCGAUACACUAGAAAGUAGGAUUGAAACCUUUCGGAAAGAACAGGAAGAUUAUUCGACAAAUCCUCUCAUACGGCGAGGGGGUGCCUAUCGCGAAAAGCAGAAAAGCAACUUGAUGGAGAGAUGCAGAAUAGCUCUGGAAAUUGCGAGUGCAAUUGAGUAUCUGCACUCAAAACAAAUUAUUUUCAGAGAUUUAAAGCCUGAUAACAUCGGGUUUGACAAACACGGCACUUUGAAGAUAUUUGAUUUUGGUUUAGCCAAGGAACUGAAACCUGAACUUUGUAACCAAGAUGGGCGCUAUCGGCUAACGGGAAACACAGGGAGCCGCCGUUAUAUGGCACCUGAAGUUGCUAAAGACUGUCCUUACGAUAUGACCGUGGACUCGUAUUCUUUUGGUAUCCUUUUGUGGGAGUUGUGCUCUGCCGAGAAGCCUUUCUAUGGAUACAGCAGUGGCAAACAUAUGCAGCAAGUCGUACUUGGAGGCGAACGACCGAAAAUGGACUCUCAACAUACCGUGUACUGGCCAGAAAAUUUGCAAUGGAUCAUGACACGGUGUUGGUCGCCUUUCCCUUCUCUGAGGCCAUCUUUUUCCACAAUUUCGGAGAUUUUGAUGGAUGUUCUAGCCAAGAAGGAAUCCGUUCCACAUCGGCUUUUAAUGCAUACCAUUAACGAAGAGAAGCAUCCCCUCGAAGGCCCAGUUGGUGGCUUUGUAUCCUUGUUUUCUCGAAAGGCCAACAGACGAAGUACCACAGCUGGUACGAUUGACGACAAGUCGCAGGAUUCCGAAGCAAGCGCGUAUAGGAGAAAGUCAUGGGGAUUCGGAAUGCGACGAUAGAUUAAUGUUCCACUUUUGGAAGGCCGCAACAGAGUAUAAAAUCGAAAACUACAGUUACAGAUUCCCAGUGUCAGCAAUAACAGGAAGUUAGAGACGUAUGUUGUGGCCUACUCUACCAUUGCCAUAUCGGUGGACCUACAAGAAAGAGGCAGCUGGAACUGCUGUCAAGUUCGAGAUUCGGCAUGAAACCAACCCACCCACCAGCCAUCCGAGUGUUUACAGAAUGCGAAAUAGUAGGGGCUUGGAUGAACGCUUACUGCCGAGCUCUAUCCAAGCAUGAGAAGCAAGCUGCUGCUUGACAGACGGUGACUUUUCAUGCGUCUUCCUCUGUUGUGACGAUUAAUUGCUCAGUAAACAUUUAGAAUGCAGUCGUUCUAUAUUGACUGUGAGUUGUGAUCAUUGUUAGCUAGUAGUACGCCUUGUCG